GAAAGAUCAAGCGCUUCUUUUUGCAAAAAAAUACUUCUUGUAUCUUUGAGCAUACAAUCUUUAGAGAGCAUUAAGUUGUAUUUUAGGAUGAGCGGGUAGAAUUUAGAUCUUGGAUUUGGUAAUUCAUACGAGUUACUUCCAAGACGUGGCUAAAUAUAAUUAUACUUUCAAGUAUGGAAAACUGGUGCGUUUUGGAAAAAAGUUGGUAUAUUUCAAAGACAAAACUCAACUGGACGCAGCAAUCACUUUGGAUGGAGAAGGAUAAAGACCACGGCUGGACUAUUCAUGGAAAGGGUCUUAACGGUGCAAAUUUGGAACUCUCGGAAGGGGGAACUGGAAGUGCUCUCGUAAGCUCUCGUCCAUCGAGCAAACACAGAAGUAGAUCUUCAACUCAAAAGUUGAAAGAGAAUGUAACGCUAGGGACUGUAGACGUGAAAGACACGAAAAAGGUAGUAGAUACGAUAAAUAAGUUUAGACAAAAUGUGUUGGAUGAAAGUUUUCCACAAUUCGUAUCGAACCCAAUAAAAGAGUACGCUUUCCCGGAACAAGUGGUAGAGAUAGUUAAAAACUUCAGAGAUGGAUAA